AUGCGGAUCCGGUUUUCCCAGCGCGUUGGCCGGCAGCUCCGGGAUUUCCUCCCCCGGGGCUCGGGAAUCGUCACGCGGCGGCCGCUCAUCCUGCAGCUCAUCUUCUCCAAGACAGAAUACGCCGAAUUCUUGCACUGCAAAUCCAAGAAGUUCACGGAUUUCGAUGAGGUGCGGCAGGAGAUCGAGGCGGAGACGGACAGAGUCACCGGCACCAACAAGGGCAUCUCCCCGGUGCCCAUCAACCUCCGGGUGUACUCGCCGCACGUGUUGAACCUGACGCUCAUCGACCUGCCGGGGAUCACCAAGGUGCCCGUCGGGGACCAACCGCAGGACAUCGAGUACCAGAUCAAGGAGAUGAUCCUGCAGUUCAUCAGCAGGGAGAGCAGCCUGAUCCUGGCCGUGACGCCGGCCAACAUGGACCUGGCCAACUCGGACGCCCUCAAGAUGGCAAAAGAAGUCGAUCCUCAAGGCUUGCGGACGAUCGGAGUGAUCACCAAGCUGGAUCUCAUGGAUGAAGGCACCGACGCCCGGGAUGUGCUGGAGAACAAGCUGCUUCCCCUGCGGAGAGGCUACAUCGGCGUCGUCAACCGGAGCCAGAAGGACAUCGACGGGAAGAAGGACAUCCGGGCGGCGCUGGCGGCCGAGCGCAAGUUCUUCCUCUCGCACCCGGCCUACAGGCACAUGGCCGACCGCAUGGGCACCCCGUACCUGCAGAAGGUCCUCAACCAGCAACUGACCAACCACAUUCGGGAGACGCUGCCCUCGCUGCGCAGCAAACUCCAGAGCCAGCUGCUCUCCCUGGAGAAGGAGGUCGAGGAAUACAAGAACUUCCGUCCCGACGAUCCCACGCGGAAAACCAAAGCCUUGUUACAGAUGGUCCAGCAGUUCGGCGUGGACUUCGAGAAGCGGAUCGAGGGCUCCGGAGACCAGGUGGACACGCUGGAGCUCUCCGGCGGGGCCAGGAUCAACCGCAUUUUCCACGAGAGGUUUCCCUUCGAGCUCGUGAAGAUGGAGUUUGACGAGAAGGAUUUGAGGCGGGAAAUCAGCUACGCCAUUAAAAACAUCCACGGGGUGAGGACGGGGCUCUUCACCCCGGACUUGGCGUUCGAGGCCAUUGUGAAAAAGCAGGUGGUGAAGCUGAAGGAGCCCUGCCUCAAGUGCGUCGACCUCGUUAUCCAGGAGCUAAUCAAUACCGUUAGGCAGUGUACCAGUAAGCUCGGUUCCUACCCCAGGUUACGGGAGGAGACGGAGAGGAUCGUGACCACUCACAUCCGCGAGCGGGAGGGCAAGACCAAGGACCAGAUCCUGCUGCUCAUCGACAUCGAGCUCUCCUACAUCAACACCAACCACGAGGACUUCAUCGGUUUCGCCAAUGCCCAGCAGCGGAACACGCAGACCAACAAGAAAAGAGCCAUCCCCAACCAGGGUGAGAUCCUGGUGAUCCGCAGGGGCUGGCUCACCAUCAACAACAUCAGCAUCAUGAAGGGCGGAUCCAAGGAAUACUGGUUCGUGCUCACGGCAGAGUCCCUUUCCUGGUACAAGGAUGAGGAGGAGAAGGAGAAGAAAUACAUGUUGCCGCUGGAUAAUUUGAAAAUCCGGGAUGUGGAGAAGGGAUUCAUGUCCAAUAAGCACGUCUUCGCCAUCUUCAACACGGAGCAACGGAAUGUGUACAAGGAUCUCCGUCAGAUCGAGCUGGCCUGCGACUCCCAGGAAGACGUGGACAGCUGGAAAGCCUCAUUCCUCCGAGCGGGAGUUUAUCCGGAGAAAGACCAGACGGAGAACGAGGACGGCGUCCAGGAAAACACCUUUUCCAUGGACCCGCAGCUGGAGCGGCAGGUGGAGACGAUCCGGAACCUCGUCGACUCCUACGUGGGCAUCAUCAACAAGUCCAUCCGGGACCUCAUGCCAAAGACCAUAAUGCACCUCAUGAUCAACAACCCGGAGACCCCCCGCGGCACCGACCCGACCCACGAUCAUCCGCCCGGCCGAGCCCUCCCUGCUGGAUUAAUCCCGGUGCCGCUCGGGAUGGCGGGGAAGGAGGGCGGGAUCCGCCGCCUCUCCGCUCCCCUUUCCCAAGGAGCCGCCGGCGCCGGAUGGACCCUGCAGGAUCAUGGAUUUGGAUCCGCUCCGGGAUGGAGGGAGAUUCCCCAUCCGGACGGACGGAUCCGCUGGGAAGGGGACGGCCUCUCCCGCCGCCUCCGUGUCCCGUGGAUGAAGUAA